ACACAUAGCCGCAUACACACACACAGCCGCAUACACACACACAGCCGCAGGCACACACACAGCCGCACACACACAUAGCCGCACACACACACACACAGGGCGGUCAUGGCGUCUGAAGCAGUGGAACUGAACAAAGAUGCCGACAGACACAGACGAGACGGAGAGACUGUGAUGCAUGGACACAGUAGAAGAAGGCUCUCGCGCCCACUCAACAUGAACCACUAUGCUAAUAAGAAGAGCGCGGCGGAGAGCAUGCUGGACGUAGCACUGCUGAUGGCUAACGCGUCUCAGCUGAAGGCCGUGAUGGAGCAGGGCCCCGAGUUCACCUUCUACAUCCCACUGAUCACACUCAUCAGUAUCUCAAUCACACUGCAGGUCAUUGUCGGCGUUUUACUCAUAUUCAUCGUGAAGUGGAAUCUGAACGAUGAAAGUAAACACUACCACCUGAACGUUCUGGAAAACAUCUCCACAGCCCUGGUCUUCAUCAUCGUCGUCGUGAACAUCUUCAUCACAGCGUUCGGUGUGCAGAGACCCAACACGGGCGUGUGAGCGACACCGAGAACACACACACACACAAAUCAGGUCUGAGCUGUAAGAGAACUAGAGAGCCAUUGGGGCUCUGGGAUCUCUAUGGGGAAGUUUUCACCAUCACCAGGACCUGCUGCGUUCCUCCUGACUGUACGAGUGUGUGGAUUAUCGCCGAGUGCAAGAAACAAACACCACCACCAGGAUUCCGUACAAACGUCUGCUGAAAUUUCCCCGGUUUCAUCUUUCACGUGACCACGUGUGUCCACGUGUGUGUGUGGGAUCGAUUAUUAAUGACACCAAAUGCUGCCUGGGUUUAAAAAAUUCACCCACACUUUUUCUUGUUCUACUGAAAUGCAUGUAGUGUAUUAUAGUGUUAAUAAGUUUUAAUAAACACCUGUAUGUUCAGGAUGAGCUGAUAAAGGGUUACACCAUGUGUACUGAUAUUCACACUGACCUUCAUCACAGCCAUAGGAACGGAGCACACACCCGAGCAUGUGAUUCAUGAAUCGAUUAUCAGCAUUAAUGUAGCAUUUGCAAACGAUUCACAGCAGUGUAAGGGAGAAGAUUUGGAAGCAGUUAGAAAAGAGACAUCAACAGACCGGAUUUCACCACAGACCGAGUUUAGACUCCGCUGAGAGCUUCAGCAAUGACACUGUGGCCUGUAACAUUUUCUGACUCCACAAAGACCUGACGAGUUUAUUUAAACCCAUAAACUCAGGACGGCAACACACACACACACACACACCUGCGUACCUUUAUGUAUUAUUCUGCUUUAGUACUCCUGCCUGAUUCUCCACGUUGUUCUUAACUCCAGCUCAGAUACACACAGCUCAUGUUUAUCUUUUUUAAUGCAUAUAAAAUGUUUAUUCCAACCAAAGCGUGUAUAUAAUUAUAUAUAUAAAUAUAGUGUGUGUGUAUUGAAGAGUUAUUUGUAGUGUGUAUUGAAGAGUUAUUUGUAACUUUGCCUUUUAAGACGAAUACUGAACUUAAACGGUGGACGUGUCCGUGUGCAGCCAAUCGUACGUCUUUAGUUGUUAUUUCAUUUGUUAUUUUUUGUCCAAAUUGUUCAUUUAACCUUAUAUGAUGAUCUCACUUCCCCAAACUGCUGCCUGUGUAAAGACCUUUGGCUGCGUCUCCAGCAGCUCCCUACUUUCUUCACUUGUCAGGGCGCUGAUCAUAGAGUCGGACAUUAAAUCCCACAAUGCUCUCUGUGUUCUCUUUGUUGAAAUGACAUCAUAUUGUCUGAAGCCUCUGGACUCGCCUCAGCUCUGAGUCUACAGCCGUAAACUGCUCACUGCUGAAUGAUUUCUUAUGUCGGUUAUUUUUUAUCUUUAUUGUACGUUUUUUUAAUGGUUUGUUUGGGUCUAAUGACUGUAAAGAGUUUAACGAUUAAAACAAUGCACUAGUAGAUAUUGAGAUGAGCUAUAAGUGUCACUGCAGAGACCUGAGCAGUCUGAACUCUACACAAUACACUGACUCACCAGGUAGGGCGCUAGAGAGCUGACUGAGACACUGUGUUAUAUACAUGGAUAUCUACACCUAGAUGUCACCUUGGGGUCCUAAAUGAUGCUGCUGGACUUCUGUGCUGCGUUUGGUUGUUUAAAUGAACGCAAUCUAAAAACCAGACAGCAAGGGAUUACAUUACACAAGUGAGAAUGUGUUUUAUGAUACUGAAUGUUAGGAAAUUAUAUUUCUGGUUCCGUUGGUUUGUUUUAGUCCUUGGUUAACGAACACAGCUAAUCCAUGCUAGUUACCCAUUAGUUUGUAACAGUUAGGAAAACCGACAAUGUUUGUAGAUUCCGAAGCUCUUAAUAAGGACAUUAAAAAUUGACCCCAUGCUUUUUUGCUUAAAGGUUAAAAGACCAAACUUUAUGUAUGUUCUGUAAGAUUUCCUUAUCUGUCACAUAUUUUAUUAGAUUGUCCUGGACUUAACACAAGCAGAAUGCUCUUAUAUCAACUUACUUCACUUAAGGACAUAUUUAAUGACAUUAUGUCUGAAAAGGAUUUUUUAUCAAUUCGAUUUCAAUUCAAGUUUAUUUGUAUAUCGCUUUUUACAAUUGACAUCGUCUCAAAGCAGCUUUACAGAACAUCAACAUAGAACAAAAGGUUAUUAUAAAGAAUUAUUUGAUACAAAAUUCAUGAUUAAUAUUAGAUAUAUUUAGUUCACAAUGUGUAGGUAUUUAUCCCUAACGAGCAAGUCUGAGGUGACUCAGGCAGCAGUGUGUUAUCGUAUGUUAAUUAAAAAAAAUUGUAUAACAUGACUUGCUGUUUAUAUUUGUUUGGUUUUUACUGUAUUUAUAUGAUAUUUGUGUUUUUGUAAUUGAAUUUUUGCCAUGAAAAUAGCUUUGAUUGCUGACAUGGUAUUAAAUAAAAUAAUCCGAAUCUAAAGCAGAAAGC